AUGAGGUGCUCCGAGAGGUACUUUGGUUUGUUGCUGAUCGUUGCGCUUGUUCUUGUCCUUCCCGAGAGUGGCUGCUUGGCGCAAGACUUCAAGGGAGCGAUCGAUCACUGCACGAAAGACUUCGACCUGGAUAUGGACAUAGUGGUGUCACUCAAAUAUGGUGACUUUACCGAGCGUGAUCCAAUGAUUGAGUGCUUCACUGAGUGUUUGAUGAAAAAGUCCGGCUUCAUGUACGACGACUACACCUACAACAAGACGCUCAUCAUCGGCUUCGCCGGACGCUAUCUCGAACCGGAGGGGGCUCAAUCCGUCUACGAUAACUGUAUCGAUCGCUUCGGGCAGACGGUGUGCGUCACCGGGUUCGAGAUGUACCAGUGCAUCCACGAGACGGCCGUGUCCGAGUGGGUCUCGAGCAACUUCUAG